AGCGAAUAUUUAUUAUUAAAAUGCAGAAAGAGAACGAAGAAAAUGAGAAAACUGCUCAGAUUAAUAUUACUGGAAUUGAAAAAGAAGACGCCUCAACUGAAAUAGUAUCUUCAGAUCAUGAAGAAGAACUUUCUAGCAGCAGGAAAGUCAAAAAAGACCCUCCUGUUGUAGAAGAAGCCAUCUGUGGUCCAGAACAGAGCAGUGGCCUCAAAAGCAUCUCUAAACAACAGCUGUCACAGGGUCAGAGUGAUAUUUUUGAGAUUGACAGCAGCAACAAUAAAGGAUUUCUGGGAUUAAACAUUGAGACCCCAAAGACAGAGUGUCCUGCACCGGAGGAGGAAGAAGGGUCAACUGUUGCAGCUACAAGCAACAAAAAUGUCCCAUACGAAGAUUCCCUGCAGCUCCUGCAGGAGUUGAGCACCGAGCGAGACGAGGCCAGCCAACUAAACAGGCAGCUGCAGAUGAAGCUGGCAGAAUACUUCCACAACAGACCCAUUGAUGGAGGCCAGCUUGAGAGAGACAGGCCUGAAGAGGACCAGCUACAGGAGUAUGAGAAGUACAUCCAGACCCUAUCUGAGUUAAAGCAGCAGUUCAGAACUGCUUCAGAGACAGCCCAGCAGCAGGCAGAGGAGCUGAGGUUACAGUCCCAGGAGAAGCUGGACAAGGUGGAAGAAGAAUGGGAGGCAUUCAUGGUACUGAAGCAGGAUGCUGCGGUGACAAUGCUAAGCCGUCGCCUGGGGAAAGAACUCGCCCGGUCCAAAGUGCAGUCGGUCUUGGCAGCAGAGCAGCUCCGGCAGAAUGAGCUGACAAAGCUCUGCCUGAAGCAUUUCAAACUGAGAUUCAAGAUCCGCAGGCUGGAGAGUGAACUCCGUGACUGGAACAAGCAUGGUGAGGACCCCGUGCAGGUCCAGUUUGAGCAGCUGCAAGCCAAAAUGCUGGAGCAGAAGAAACAGGCCGAAAAGGAAAGUGAAGAAUCACUAAAGCUGCAAAAGACGAUCAGCGGCUGCUUGGAGGUCCUGUCAAACAUAAAAGAGAAGCUACACUGGAGCCAGUUGGAGGUCCAGGCGAAGCGGCAGCAGCUAGCAGAGGUGGAGGUCAUGAUGGUGAAGAAGAGGGACCUCCUGAUCCAAACUAAGCAGUCACGAAAUAACCUACAGAGAGACAACCAGAGCCUGAAGGAGCGGUGUGGUCUCCUAGGAAACAAGGAUCUGCUGUGGGAUUUUGAGGAGACUGUGGAUUCCUCUGAGCAUUUAGAGAAGCAUCUGGAGAAUCUAAAGUCCAAGCAAGCUAAAAUUACCUUCAGAUACGGCAAGUGGAGACAAAAACUGGAGGAACCUUUAACAAACUAAGUCAAAAAUUUUCUUUGAUACUGAUUAUAGUGAUUUUAGGUGUAGACCCUGAGCUAUGAGUUUUAUAAAAAAAAUUUCUUCAGUUUUUUCCCUUCUUCCUCAUGCCCUUCCUUUUUUUGCUUUCUUCUUUCUUUUUUCCCUCUUUCAUUUAUCCUUCCUUCAUCCAUCCUUUGACUUAAUCCUUCAUUCAUACUUGUGCCAUUCCUUCCUUUCUUCUUUCAAUCCCCAUAUUCUUCUUUCCUUUCUUCCUUACUUUCUUUCCUCUCUUGUGUCCUUCUUUUCUUUUCUUUUGUCCACCUUUCCUUUCUUUCCUUCCAUGGUUUUCCUUUGUUUUAUGUAAUUCAUUUCUUCCUCAUAUUUGCACUCCUUUCUUGCGUCCUUCCAUCUUUAUUUCCUUCCUAUAUCUUGUCUUCCUUCCUCUCUCUAUCUCCUGCAUGGCCUUCCCUCUUUCCUUGUGCCUUUACAUCUUUCCCCACUUUACAUCUUUCCUUACUUCUUUUCUAUUUCUUCCUCGUGUCCUACCUACAUUUCUUACUUGUGUCCCUUCUAGCUUUCAUUUCUUCUUUUUUUCUCCUAUAUGAAAUAAAGAAUAAAAAAAUGA